GCUCUUAAAUCUUUAAGUUGAAGCUAUGUGUAAAGAAGUGUCAGCUUUUUAACGACAAUAACCACAUUACGAUGUUGAGAAUGUGCUGCGUUGUUAAAGCCUGUAGCUGUAACUUAUACGUGUUUAUGUUAAUGAUCAUUUGCCAAGUAAACAGAUCUUCGGUGUUAUCAAAGUAAGCAUGAUAUAUUUGAAUCAAAUAUCGGAAGGUGCAACCUGAUUAUGAAUGAUUAAUUUCCUCAUUAAUUUUACAUACUGUGCUCUUCAUUCAGCAAACAUGGUUUGCUGUUCUGUCUGAUACAAUGGGGAAUCCCCAAAAAAAUCUACAUUUGACUUAUUCAAAACAUUUCUUUUGAUUCAUGGUAGAAUUGUCGAGAAAUGUGAAUACACACAAUCUUUAGUAUACAAAGAUAUCCAAAUCUUUAUUUCAACAACUUGACAUUCAUACACAUUAAACAUCCAAUAACAGUAACAUUCUGAGUUUGAGCCUUAGCUGUGUAAUUAAGCUUACGAUGCUUGCUUGUACAGAUAACCACAGCGUAGAAUUGUGAACAUUUUAAUGUUAAAAUAUUUCAAUUGAAUUUAAUGACAUUGUUUUACUAAUUUAUGACUCACUCAAAGACCCUUUUUUGUAUCUUAGAGAGUAUAUCUUUUUUACUAUAUUUAUUUUGAAGAAAAUGUGAAAAAUGAAGUAGCUAUAGUGGUGCAAAUAGAGCUGCUAACCUCAUGCAGCAUGCUUAUUACAUAAUUAUUUCCUGUUUAAUAGCAUUGCUACUUCAUGUGAGCAAAGAGGAUGCAACUUCAACAAAGUCCUAGGAAAAAAUGAGGUUAUCUUAAUAAACUAUCAAUAUUUUUAAAGACAACUUCACAAUAAAUAAACUCCCUGAAAAGUCUAAAUGUAUAGUAUAUAUAUACAGUAUAGUCAGAUAAGCCAAAAACAUUUUUUGCAAAUGAAAUUGCUGAAAUUAUCUCACCCUAUUUAGUCUGUAAUCUAGAUGUGUUCCUCAGAAUUACCAAUGGAUCUCAGCGAGGAGGAGUCGGCCCCUCUGGUGAUCAGAGACCGGGGAGGCAGUCAGAGGUCUAGUUCUAGCACUAGUCCCAGUUUACAAGUACACCUCUACUUCUUCCCAGCCACAAAGAAUGCAACAACAUUACAUAUUUCAUCCGGACAAAUCUCUGCUGAAAAUCUUUGCAUCCAAGCAGGCAAACAAUGUGGAAUCUUACCAGUUCACCAAAGUCUUUUCGCUUUGGCAUCCUCUGAUCUCUCAUUUUGGUAUCCUCCAUCACACAUGUUUAACACAGAAGAAAACCUACAAGUCCACUUUAGAGUCAGGUUUUUCUUUGAAAACUGGUUCGGACAAGGACCAAGAACAUCGUACCGCUACAGUCUGACCAGAGACAGAAUCACUUUAGUGGUUGACUACAGUGUCAUUGACUAUCUCUUUACUCAGUUGCGAAGUGACUUUAUUGCUAGUGAGGCUGGAGUGUGCCCACCUCUGAGUGCCCAGGAGGAAUGCCUCGGUCUGGCGGUGCUGGACUUGUGGAGAAUGGCUAAAGAGCGGCAUCAGAGUGUCAGAGAGCUCUGCAAAACUGUCAGCUACAAAUCCUGCCUUCCUAAGUUACAUCGACAUGACAUCCAGCGACGAAACCGACUUGAUCGCUUUCGCAUCCGAAACACCCUCAAGCGUUUCCUGAAGAAGCUUGGUAACUCCUCCAUAGAUGAGAGCAGCUUGAAGCUCAAGUACCUGAUCGAACUGGCUGGCAUCGAGCCCUCUCUGGGAAGAGAAACCUUCCAAGUGAAUUCUUCUCCCUCGCAUUCGACGUCAGCUUUCUGUCUUGUGCGUGUCACUGGGGAAACUGGGAUUGAAACCAGUAGGAGUCGUCAUACUGAGGGUGUCCUGGAGUGGCAAACAUUCUGUGAUUUCAAAGAUAUCCUAGACAUCAGUAUAAAGAGGGUUUGCCAUGAGCAGGUUCCCCAAGACAGCAGGAUGGUGACAAUAACUCGUAAAGAUGACAGAUGCUUGGAAGCCAACUUCCAGAGUCUCAAGGAAGCCCUUUCAUUUGUGUCUCUUGUUGAUGGCUACUUCAGACUGACCACAGACUCCAGUCACUACUUCUGUCAAGACAUUGCUCCUCCAAGUAUUCUGCAAGGGAUCAAGAACCAUUGUCACGGCCCCAUCACAUCUGAGUUUGCAGUCAACAAGUUGAAAAAGUCAGGGUUUAAAGGAAGUGCAUUCCUUCUACGGCAGAGUCCAAAAGACUAUGACAACUUCUUCCUUACCGUCUGUGUUCAGACUCCACUCGGACUUGACUAUAAAGACUGCCUCAUUAUUAAGGAGGAGCACUACACUCUUCCUGGUGUCGAGAAACAAUUUUCCAGCUUGAGGGAGCUCACCAGCUAUUACCAACACAACAAGCUGCUUCUGGCUGAAGUACCUGUCAAGUUGGGCCGCUGUUGUCCACCCCGACCCAAAGAACUUACAAAUCUGAUAAUCAUACGCAACAGCAGCUCCAUAGAAGCUCAAGGGUCUCCAACAUCUGAAAGAAACAAAUUCAGUCAUAUCCAGUUCCACAUGAUCAAAUGUGAAGACCUUAAAUGGGCUGAAUGCCUUGGACAGGGUUCCUUCACGCGAAUAUUCAAAGGCUAUAAAACAGACAUUCGUGAUGGAGAGAAACACGUGACAGAUGUUUUCCUGAAAGAGCUCGAAGUUGUUCAUAAAAAUUGCUGGGAGUCAUUCUUUGAAGCUGCCAGCUUGAUGAGCCAGAUUUCACACAAACAUCUCCUCCUGGUAUAUGGUGUUAGUGUUCAAGGAGUCAAAAACAUCAUGGUGCAGGAGUUUGUCAAGUACGGGGCCCUGGACCUUUACUUGAAGAGAAAGGGAUCUGUGUCAGUGAGCUGGAAACUUGACGUAGCCAAGCAGCUCGCAUCAGCCCUCAACUUUCUGGAAGAAAAGAACAUUGUUCAUGGAAAUAUCUGUGGAAAAAAUCUGCUGCUGGCCAGGGAAGGUGACCUAUCACAGGGCAGCUCUCCAUUCGUGAAGCUGAGUGACCCAGGCAUCAGUGUGGCCAUGUUGGGGAAGAAUGUGAUCCUAGACAGGAUCCCUUGGGUGGCCCCUGAAGUGCUAGAGGCCCCAGACAACCUGACUCUGGAAUGUGAUAAGUGGAGCUUUGGUGCCACUGUAUGGGAAAUCUUCAACAAUGGGAACACACCACUGCAAGGCUGCGACCUGGAUAAGAAGCGCCAGUUUUACGAGAGCUUCCAGCAGCUGCCUCCCUCCCAGUGGACAGAGCUGGCCGAUCUGGUCAGUCAGUGUAUGGACUACCAGGCAGCGUUCAGACCCUCCUGUCGCAGUAUCAUCCGUCAACUCAACAGUCUGAUCACUUCAGAUUAUGUAAUACUGCACGCCACUGAGCCUGUCGCACAGAGCCCUGUCUGGAGAGCCCUCAGCCCUGAUCAAGGCGAACAGACACUGUUUGAGGAGAGACACCUACGCUACAUCUCCCCUCUGGGGAAAGGAAACUUUGGCAGUGUUGAACUUUGCCGUUAUGACCUGCUGGGGGAUAACACUGGUGAGCUGGUCGCUGUAAAGAAACUGCAGCCCAACAAGCAGUCGACCCUUGACGACUUCAAGAAGGAGGUCAAAACCCUCAGCGUUUUGGACUAUGAGUACAUUGUCAAAUACAAAGGAGUCUGUUACAGCACAGGUCGCCUCAGUAUGAGUUUGGUGAUGGAGUACCUGCCCUACGGCAGCCUUAUUAACUACUUGGAUAGUAACCGACUUCACGUCAACAGAUGGCGUUUGUUACUUUUUGCUUCUCAGAUCUGCAAGGGGAUGGAGCACCUGCAGACCUUGCGCUAUGUGCACAGAGACCUCGCAGCCAGAAAUAUCCUAGUGGCCAGUGAGUCGCUGGUGAAAAUAGCUGAUUUUGGGCUGACCAAGGUUGUUCCUUUUGACAAGGAGUAUUACAGAGUAUUGCAACCCGGAGAUAGCCCCAUUUUCUGGUACGCCCCAGAGUCCAUCAAUGACUCCAGAUUCUCCCACAAGUCAGAUGUCUGGAGUUUUGGUGUCGUUCUUCACGAGCUCUUCAGCUACUGUGACAUCAACACGAACCCAAAAAGACUAUGUAUGCAGGAGAUUGGAAACAAUGUGCAGAGUCAGUCCAUUUCAAUGUAUCUGGCAAAUAUUCUAAAGAACAACUGGAGGUUGCCAGCUCCUGCAAACUGCCCAGCCAAGGUGUACAGUUUGAUGAAGCAGUGCUGGGCGUACGACUUCGAGGAACGACCUUGUUUCUCUGGCCUGGGAAACCAAAUUGAAGCCAUCAUGCAGGACGAGAGCUAGAGAACGAGAACCCUUAAGGCUGACAGGGACCCUGUUAAAAACUAAAUGAAUUAGUUUUAAACCCUGUUGGAUAAGCUUGAAAAUGCAUUGUCACAAAGCUGAAAACAGCUAGACAUUUGGUUGUAUAAAAUAUGAUGCAUUCCUGAAGAUUAAACUACCCAUAAGUAAGGGUUUGAAUGCAGUGCCAGAACCCAGUUUGGUUACAGUAGCACUACUUCAGUAAAGAAUAAGAAUACAUAUUCCACAAAAAGGUGUAUUCUCAAGGCCAUUUCACAUAAGAUCAUGUGCAUUGAUGAGUUUUUAGUUAUUCAUGUUUUCUUGCUAAACAGUAUGAUUAGCAAAUAGCAAUUUCAAAAUACUAUAAUAUUCAUAACGCAUGGUUAGCAAAGAAUAUAUUGUGUGCAUUUUAUAUUUUCCUUUCAUUUAUACUGUGGUAAUAUAUAUUGUUGUCCUUUUCAGUGGCAUCAUUUGAUGUAUUUUGUAGUGUUUUUAAAUCCCUCGCGUGUUUGAAAUAAAGUAAUUUGUUGGAAACA